AUGUCCAAAACAUUAUUAGCAUUAGGCACAAUCGCCCUUCUUGGAACAAUCAUGAUGGUGAACCAACCAGAAUAACUUGACUUCGCCUCAAAAUAUCAAACAUUCAAAUAGAAAUACGGAAAGGCAUACUCAUAAGCUGAAGAUGCCUACAGAAUGGCUGUCUACACAUAAAACGUCUUAUAUGCUGAAUCAGUCAACUUGUAAUAAGGAAAGAGAGUCUUCGGUGAAACCAUCUUCUUCGAUUUAACAAAGGAAGAAUUCGCUGAAACUUAUUUGACCCUUAAGAUCACAUAAGAUGACUUGAAUGUCGAAAGAGUCCCAGCCAAGAAUAUCUCAGCUGCUGACAAAAUCGAUUGGACAUAAAAAGGAGCAGUCACCAAAGUUAAAGACCAAGGAUAAUGUGGUUCAUGCUGGACAUUCGGUACCACCGGAGUUUUGGAAGGUUUCUUCUUCACAACCACUGGUGAAUUACCUAACUUAUCUGAAUAAUAAUUGUUGGAUUGCUCAACCUUCUAAGAUUUCAACCUUGGAUGCAAUGGUGGUCUUCCAGCAAGAGCAUUACAAUAUGUCAAGAGAAGUGGUAUCACAACUCAAGAUGCUUACGAAUAUAAAGGAGUUUAAGGGUCAUGCAAAAUCAAGGGAGGUGCUUAUCACAUUAAGGGAUCCGUCGCCUUAGAACCAACAGAAGAAGCUUUGAUCUCAUAUCUUAAUGAAGGACCAGUCUCAGUUGGAGUUGAUGCCAGCAACUGGUAAUACUAUAACCCAUCCGACGAAAAAGUCUUCAGCACAUGCGAAAAAAGCUUAAACCACGCAGUCUUGGCUGUUGGUUAUGACAAAGACUCAUUCAAGGUCAAGAACUCUUGGGGAACAGCUUGGGGAGACAAGGGUUUCAUCCACUUAAAGAGAGGUUAAAACACUUGCGGAAUUUACGAUACUAACGUUGUUCCUGUUUGAAGAAAUUCAUAAUUUAUAUUUCACAAAGAUAAUUUAUCC